UUUAUACAUCUCUUCUACAUAUGUACUUAUUUUAUGCACUUGCACUGUGUACAUGUACGACUUGAAGUUUCAAUAAUUUUAUAAGAAAAAAACCAAAAGUUAUGCUUAAUAAUUACUUGUAAAUAUACACGCUCAAAACAUAAACCAAAUUUUCAUUCGGUUGCGGAUAGUCGCCAAGUGGUGAAGUUGUUUUCGCGUGUUCGUAAAAUCAAAACCAAAGGCUAUGGCUUCGAAAGAUCUUCCAUCGCCUAGUGAAAUAGCUCUCAUAACGCCUGGCGUGGAACAACCACCCACUUCAAUGAGUUUUGCUGAGGCACCUAACAGUCGGGCAGAUGCUCCAACAACAGAGAAAGUUCAAAUGAAAAAACAACUGGGACUUCUGGAAGGAGUUGCGAUUAUUUUGGGUAUCAUAUUUGGUUCGGGUAUUUUCAUUUCGCCCAAAGGCGUUAUACGCGAAGUAGAUGCUGUCGGAACCUCCUUAGUCAUUUGGGUAUUAUCUGGGCUAUUGUCCAUGAUUGGAGCACUUUGUUACGCAGAACUCGGUACUUGUAUACCUAAAUCGGGGGGAGACUAUGCUUAUAUAUACGAAGCUUUCGGAUCUUUGCCAGCAUUCUUGUACCUCUGGGACGCAAUGAUGAUUUUUGUGCCCACAACAAAUGCAAUCAUGGGUCUAACAGUUGCCUCCUAUGUUCUUCAGCCGUUCUUUGCUGAAGAAUGUAAAAUACCAGAUGGUGCCUUACAACUUCUAGCAGCAGUUAUGAUUUGUUUUCUUACUUUCUUAAAUUCCUACAGCAUGAAAGCCACGACGAAAAUGCAAAAUGUAAUCAUGUUCACAAAGGUUGCAGCACUUGUAUUGAUAAUUGUUCUUGGCCUGGUUUGGAUGGCAAUGGGAAAUGUUGAAUAUUUCAACAAACCAUUCGAAAACUCAGAAACAGAUCCGGGCAAACUAUCAGUUGCUUUCUACUCUGGUAUAUUUUCUUACGCUGGAUGGAAUUAUUUGAAUUUUAUGACAGAAGAACUUCGUGAUCCAUAUAAGAAUCUACCACGUGCUAUUUAUAUAUCACUGCCUCUAGUUACCGCAAUUUAUGUUCUUGCAAAUUUCUCUUACCUGGCUGUUCUCACAAAACAAGAAAUGGUUGCUUCUGAAGCUAUUGCUGUGACAUUUGGAAAGAAGGUAUUGGGUGUAUGGUCUUUGAUAAUCCCAAUAUUAGUAGCGAUAUCAGCAUUUGGUGGUUUGUCAGUGCAUAUUAUGGCAUCUUCUAGAAUGUGUUUCGUUGGGGCUAGAAACGGACAUAUGCCAUCGUUAUUGUCACAUAUUAGCAUAGACAAAUAUACUCCAACACCAUCACUAGUAUUUUUGUGUGCGCUAUCAAUUGUUAUGCUGCUUGUUAGUGACGUUUAUGUUCUCAUUACCUACAGUAGCAUAGUAGAAUCGUUCUUUAUUAUGCUUUCAGUAUCAGCUGUAUUAUGGUUCCGGUACAAACGACCUAACAUGGAGAGACCAAUCAAAGUACCACUUUGGAUUCCGAUUGUGUUUGUGAUAAUAUGUGCUUUCUUAAUCAUUGUUCCUUGCUACGUGGCUCCUUAUGAAGUUGGUAUGGGUGUUCUCAUCACAGUAAUUGGAAUUCCAUUUUAUUAUGCAGGAAUUGUAUGGCAAAAUAAACCUGUGUGGCUACAAAAUUCAAUUGGUCGAGUGACUCUUACCUUUCAGAAACUCUUUAUGUCAGCGAAAGAAGAAAAAGACUGAAACAGAUGCACUUUUGUUAAUUUAUUUUUUUAAUAAUAUUCAUUUUUUAGUGAGUUUUUUUGCUUUAUUUAUAUUCAUCAAGUUCUUUUUUAGCUUUUAAUAUUUUUUUAUGGACUUAUAAAUUUGUUUGCUUGUACCUAAGAAUUUAUGCGUGUAAAAAGUGCAUUAAUUAAUAUUUGUAAUGCAUAAACUACACAGUAUAUUAAAAUAAAUAGACAAAUGUUUUUAUUUAUACAACUUUCACAAGGAAAGUUUGCUAAAUUAUGUUUCUAAUCAGAACAAUAAUAUGGGUUCUUUAAAGAGGCCUUUUUAAAAAAGAGCCUUUGCGGCACCUUGUAUAUCAAGACAAUUGAAUUGAAUAUUAAUUGAAUUUAAAAUAUAAAAAGAAAUCUUUAUUAAAAACAGUGUUAAAAGAAUGCGGUUUUUAUACUGAAUCUCCUCCUUGUGAGCCGCAAUGACUAUUUUAUUUUUUAAUAAAAUUGAAAAUUCGUUUGAAGUACCAAAAACAAAAAAAGAAACAUUGCAUUAACUGUAUGAAUCUCAAUCGACACCAAUAAAAUGUUUAAGACAACAAAUACAAAUAGAGCGACAAUGUACAAACGAAUAAUCCUCUGAAAUUUAAACAUUUAUAACAAAAUUUAUUAAAAAUUUCAAGUUCAAUAAACAAUAAUUUUGUAAAACAUUGCCUAGACGAAGUCAAAAAUUUAUUUAUUUUUACUUUUGUUUCGAUAAUAUUAGUUUGAAGUAAUUGCAAAGUAUUGAUGCCACUUAAGGAAAUACAUUAUUCUUCCACAAACACAAACAUUUUUUGAUGUAUUUAAUAUUGAAAAAUCAUGUAUAUAUUGUAGAUGAACUAUCUUUAUACAGAAACAGUUGUGCCAUGAAUAAUUUAUUACAAUUUGUAUUUGUUUGUUAUUUUUUAAUUUUGUUCAUAAGAAAAACAACAAAUUUAAGCUAAAUGAAAAAAAAAACAUUUUUAUAUAAGUUGAAUUUCUGAUUUUAAGAAUAAAAAUGCAAAACUGAAGUCAUUGACGUGUAUUUCAAA